AUGGUAGCUGCUGCAGACAGGGCGGAGAUGCAUGCCAACAUCCAGGAGCAGCGGAAUAACUGGAACCACCUCCUUCUCACCUCCAUCAAUACAAUCACCAUAACCGCUGCAACGAUGGUCGGGCCGGCAGAAACAGCUGGAACGGGAGCGCCACUUGCCGCACUAAAGCUCUCAUCUACUCUAUUAUAUACGGCAGCUAUUGGGAUGUUGCCGGUGAUGAGCAAGAUUCAGCCAUCGCAACUCGUAGAAGAACAACGCAAUGCGGCAAGGCUAUUCAAGCAACUUCACGGGCAAAUCCGAACAACUCUUACACUUGGUAGUCCUAGUCCUAUGGAUCCGUGGAGCCUGCCGUGUGGUGGCCACAACAAAGUAAAUUACGAGAACAAGACUUGGGUGGAAGAAGAGAAGGAAAUGGAUGGAACAGAAAGCUGGAAAGAGGAAAUGAAGCAGAUAGUUGCGGUUUUGAAGAGGAAGGACAUUGAAGAGUACUUGAGACUGGGCAAGAUAGCUUUGAAAGUUAACAGAGUUUUAGCCAUUUCUGGUCCUUUACACACAGGUCUCGCAGCUGUUGGGUCACAGGACGAAGAGCACGGUGAAGUGAUGGAUCGAAGGAAUUGA